CCUCCCCUCCCCUCAGUCCGCCAUGGAGCCUGGACAAGAAGAGGAGGCCGCACGCUUCGACUUCCUCGAGUGGCUUCAUCCGGACACCUCCGCCACCGUCUUCACCUUCCUCGACCACCCUGCUCAUCUCGCCCGCGCCUCCGCCGUCUCCCGCUCCUGGCGCCGAUUCGUCGUUGGGAAUGGCUUCAGCAAGAUCCAAUGCCUGCGGCUUUGCCCUGAUGUCUCAAACUUUACCAGUGUAAGUGCUACCCAACCCCAAGUCGUGAACGUGGAGCUGGAGGCGCACCACCACCACAUGGCGUACGUGCAUCUCAGCCAUGGCCUUCUCUCGCCAUCGCCACAUGAGGAUUGCACCAUCCGCUGCAUCGGUGCCUCCACCACCGACAAUUUCCCUGAGGAGACCAUACAAAACACUCUUUACCCCAUUGAUCGGGUGGACAUGAUGAGGCCGUCUUAUUGGUCCAGCGCCGGCCACUUGGAUCCUGCCGUGCCUGAAUCCCUCUUCUACAUCCUUCGCUCUGAUCUGUGCCUCCUUCAUCAAAUCAACAUUCAGCCAUUCAAAGCCUUCUUCCAGUACGGAGAUCCUAUUUACUCAUCGAAGUAUGUACGCUUCCGGUUGGGUUACCCAAAGACACCUCUACCAUCUGAGUUACUUGUGUCUCAUGAGAAUCAAGGCCAGUUGGCUGCUGAUGAAAACUAUAUCUGGACCUACACAUCUCCACAAUUUCCAAUGCUUCAGGAAAAUGCCCUUCAGUCUUUUAAGUUACCACGCCCAGUUCUAUGCAUCGGUGGAGUUGUGAAGAUUGAGCUUCUUGGUAGGGUUCAGAAACAGGCAAUGGAUGGUCUGUACUACAUAUGCAUAUCCCAUGUCCAAAUAGUGGGGAAUCCACUGCCACCGGAACUUGGGGUAGCUCCUUACAAGAAUGGCGUAGCUCUCAAGUAUUACCCUGAUACUGGCAGAUCCAGUGUGUGCCGUGAUGGUCGCAGGAGCCCCCCUAAUAAAUGGCGCAACUUCGCCUCCAGAAUUUGGCACUCAGGUCCAGCUCGAGGAAUAGGAUGGAACCAGGCCAUCUUAAGCAGGCUGUUUGGUGCCCAUGAUGCACCCGAGGAGACUUAGAUCAAUGUACUUGGUUCGGCGGAAAUCAUUUUGUCCCAUGUGUUGCAUGAUCAUGGUUUUAGCUCUUUUUUCUCUUUAUUUGAAAGAAUCUAAUGGCAGGAAGAGAUGCUGUGCGUGCGCCCUCGUUGAAAUGAUAGAGUACAAACAUAAGUGAACAAUAAUAUAGUGCCGUAUUAUAUAUAGAAUUGACUUCUGUUGCUGUUGCUUAUGGUUUGGUCUCUAGAUGAU